GGCACUUCCAAUUCUCCGUCUAGAUCCAUCGCCCAGCAAAUAAUAAACUACUCUAUUAAGGGGAAGAUCUGCUACUCUGGAUAAUGCUCACUGCAACACCAACUUUGAGGAGGGGUAUGCAUCCCGGAUCAGUGGAAUAAUGCAAUUGCGACGCUGUAAUCGACUCUAUAAUCCGUGAAGAGGGAACCGACGAUUGAAAUAAGGAACGAGUGAAAUAGAGGAACGGAGGCAGGUGGGAGGGAAGAGAGGAAGAAUCUCAGAGAACACGACACAAUGAGUUCCGGGGCGGCGUUAUUGCUGGUGUCAGAGCACCAGUUGCUCUCCACGGCCUAUGCGAUGAUUUCAAUCGCUACAGUUUUCACGGUAGUUCGCACCGUGCUACGUUUCACACAUCGGAAAGGGGGCAUCCAAAUUGAGGACUACUUCGCGAUGUUCUCUUGGGCGUCCUUUAUCGUCCUUUGCGUCCUGUACAUAGUUGUCACUCCGCCGUUAUACCGAGUAGACACGGCCAUAAGCACUGGCCAGCUUUAUCCGACAAUGGAAGCCGACGCAAUGCUGAUGGUAAAGAUUUUCUUCGCCAAUACGAUGAUUUUCUGGAUAGUUCUGUGGUCGGUUAAAUUGAGUUUGUUGUUUUUAUAUCGGCGGCUGUUCGAGGGAUUGCCAGGACAAAUGAGAUGGUGGUGGGCAGUGUUUGUCUUCACAAUUAUGACAUUGAUUGGAUGUAUCAUCUCGAAUUUCACCUCCUGCGCAAGUAUGCACGAAUGGUUUACACCUGGUCUAUGCUCAUCCCACCGCGAUGUAAUUGCUCAAGUGGCCAGCCUUUACUUCGCCUUCGCCGUGGAUGUCAUCACGGACAUCAUGAUCAUGCUCCUCCCAAUCAAACUCAUAUGGGCUUUACGCCUCCCAUUGGGUCAAAAGUUUGCCAUUGGCGGUUUGUUUAGUAUCGGUAUCAUUUGUGUCGUCAUGGCUGUCGUCCGUACCGUACAAAUUGGAUCACAAGCGAAGAGCAACAGUACUCCCUCUAGUUCGUGGUUAUCUUUCUGGGCAAUGAUUGAAGCAGGCAUUGCCGUGGUCAUUGGUACAUUGCCAGUCUUCGCCAUAUUCUUCCGCAGACAACAUGCUUCUCGCCGCGGCUAUAACGAUUACCGAUACCGAGAUGGAAGCGGGUUCUCAAAUAUAAACAGCAGCAAGGUCAAUUCUCGUGGAAUACCACUGUCGGAUCGCUCGCAUACUUCUCAGUCCUAUGCAGGUACACCUAUCAAGGGGAGAGCGGGAGGUAUCAAUAUUACGAGCACGCUAGAGGUGACACGAUCAUCUAAUGAUCUUUACCCUUUGCGUAAUUCAUACCCAGAGUCGACAUAUUCAAGGUGAUCAAGAGAUAUAGUACUUGCUAGACGUUAUGAGGUUUAAAAUUAUAUUUUAUAGAGAUAGAAUUUAUCAAUGGAUGACGUGAAUGAGCCAUGUAGGAAUGUCUUUUGAGAAUGGUGUUAGUUUAUGCUCUAAAUACAAUAUUAAUAUCAGGUUAC